GCAGCGUUGAGUUCAAACGGAGAGCUUUAGGCGCUGGAGUUUCUCCUUCAUACCGUCGUUAUGACGUCCACUGGUUCUCAGAUGGCAGACACGGUGGCUGAGGAGGGCUUUACGGCUGUGCUGUCGGGUUCUAGCGGGGACGGUAGAGUGACGGAUACGCCGACUCCGGAGGAGCUGGAGGAGGAGGCGGGGAUGAUGCAGAUGGAGAUGGAGAUGGAAACUGAAACGGUGCGGAAAGCGACCGUGGAGACGGACAUGGAGACACCGGACACACCGCAGACACCGCACACCAGGCUAGACAUCCAGGGAGAAGCAGGCCUUUCUCAGGAUGAAGGUGACGAUGACAGCGGCACGGACCACAAUGCUGGGGACAGCCCUGGAACAAGUCUGCAGAGGGCUGAGCGUGUCGGGGAUUCAACCCUUCCGGACGUAUUCCAGACCAACCACCUGCUCUUUUACGAGCGGUUCAAAGCCUACCAGGACUACAUGUUAGGUGACUGCAAGACGUCAGAGGUGAAGGCCUUCGUAUCGGAUUACCUGGAGAAGGUGGUGGAACCCUGUGACUGGCAGGCUGUGUGGAGCACAGAGGUCUUUGAUGUCCUGGUGGAGGUGAUGGAUGUGCACUACAGUGAACUGAAGGCACGGGUGGAGCUGGUGGUGCCGUUGCGCUGUGAGGCCCGGGGCUGCGAGCUCAGCGAGGAGGCCAUGCGAGACCUCCUGGAAGCCACGCAGCACACGGUUCCCCUGCAUGAGCUCCACGUUGUCUAUGAUGAGUCCGGGGACUUUGACCAGACAGCACUCGCUGUGGAGCACCUGAGGUUUUUCUACAAACACAUCUGGCGGAAGUGGGACGAGGAGGACGAGGAUGACGACUUUGACUACUUUGUGAGAUGCGUCGAGCCGCGCCUCAGGCUACACUAUGACGUCCUGGAAGAUCGGGUUCCGGCCGGCCUUGUGGCCGAGUACCAUGCCCUCCUGACUCGCUGCGCGCAGAACUUCCAGGAGUUCUCGAACCUUCGCAAUGACCUGGGCAGUGACUCUGAUUCAGAGUUGGACAACGUGUCUAUGGUGGAGGGCCUGCGGCUCUGUGAGCAGAUGGAGGUGCUGAAGCGUAAGCUGCGCAUCAUCGAGAACCCACUGCUCAGGUAUGUGCUCGGCUACAAGGUGAACUCGGGUCAGCAGGCGUGCAGGGCAAAGGGGUUGCGGCCAACAGGCUCCCGCGUUGUCCACGUCGUCUCUUCGUCCAUGACGGUGGCCCAGCUGACCUCUCUCAUGUCAGACAAGCUGUGCCCUGACUUCUCUGGGGACGAGUUUGAACUGCAGUUUCACAGCGACCCACUGGAAGCGGUGCACUCCUGUUACCAAGGCGACGUGGUCAUCGUGUGUCCUGGGCAUUACCUGGUCAGCGGCUCCAUCAGAAUCCCUGACUCCGUUGAAGUAGAAGGAUUUGGACUGACCGAUGAGGUGGUGAUCGAGAAAACCGGCAAAGGAGACACUUUUGUCGAGUCAACUGCUGCCAACGCAAAGAUUUCCAACCUAAAGUUCAUCCAGCAUGAUGCCAUAGAGGGCAUCUUGUGUGUCCGCCAGGGCAAGCUGGAAAUGGAGAACUGUGUGCUGCAGUGUGAGACCACUGGCGUGAUUGUGCGCACCUCGGCUCAGCUCUCCAUGAACAUGUGUGACCUGUACGGGUCCAAGGGUGCUGGUGUCGAGAUCUACCCCGGCAGUGUCUGCUGCCUGGUGGGGAAUGGCAUCCAUCACUGCAAGGAGGGUGUCCUCAUCAAGGACUUUGCCGAUGAGCUGGAUACGAUGCCGCGGAUCACCAUGGUGAACAACGUGAUCCACAACAAUGAGGGCUACGGUGUGAUCCUGGUGAAGCCAGCUGACAGCUUACAGGAACGGGGAUCUGUGGGAGUCCACUUGGAUGAGGUGUCUGAGGUUCCAAAGCUUGUGGCCCACGUAGGUGAGGAGAGUGACCAGAGCAAGCCAGGAACCAACCAGACUGAAGUUCCCCUCAUCGUGGUGGAGGAGACCCCUGUGGAGGUCCACUAUGCUACCACCCCAGAGCUCAUGGAGGGUAAUGAUGCCAUCAAGCAGGAACUGGUGGCGACAUCAGCCAAGAAGAGUCGGAGGAGGAGGGCCAGCAUGCAGGAGCUGGGCUUGACGCAGGUGGAUGACAACCUGCUCUCCCAGGAGAUGUUUGUCUGCAUCCAGGGUAACCAGUUCAAGAGGAAUGGAAAGGGUGGCUUUGGAACCUUCCAGUACUGAACCCCACCCACCUCUCCCUAUUCAGCCAGUUGGCUCUUAUGGUCAAUUUAACAUGACACAUGGUCAUGCUUAGACCCUCCCACCUGCACAACUGGGCCACUUUAACACAAAAGCAGCAGUAAGUGACAUGCAGCGCUGUGUGUGUCUGUCUUAAGUUCUUUUAUAAUGGCCUUUUAAUGUAUUAAUUUUUAAAUACUGAAGCUUAUAUCUUAUUCCAUUACUGACACUUGAAUGCUCCUUUUCCACAGUAAAGUACAGGUGGAGACUGUCUGGUUGAGAGCUUCACAUUCAUAGUCUCACUUGUAAUGUUCACCUUUUUUAUUUAUAGUUAGUUUAUAGUAAAUGUCUUGUUCCUGCAAGUUUUGUGUGGUGUGUUUUGUAAAAGUAUUAUCUGGGUUUUGGGUGGAU